AUGGAUAAGUGCAAAACUUUUGGCAUCAAACACAAUGGAAGAAGGUCGACUCAAUAUAAACCAUACUUGAAGGUUAACAACGAGAUGAUUCCACCAGUCAAAAUCGAUGGAUCUUUCAGGUAUUUGGGUAAAAUGUUCAGUUGUACAAUGGGAACUGAUGAAAUCCGAAAUGAGCUGGAGGAAGAGCUGACCAGUUAUUUGGAUAAAGUAGACAAACUUCCGAUCCACCCAAAGAAUAAACUGCUGAUUAUCAACAAAUUUGUGUACAAUAAGCUAAGGUGGCGGUUAUCAGUAUAUCAUUUAUCUGAAUCCUGGGCUACAAAAAGCCUAGAUG